GGGUCAUUUGGGUUCGAUUAUCUCACCACCACCAUCAUUCUUUUCUUCUUGCCCCCCCUCUUUCAAAUCCCUGCUGAUCGUCUCUCCUUUUCCCGCUUUCAACCUUUAGAUAUAUUCAAAUCACCUGCUGCAUCUUUUCAUCACCGUACUCCUAUUCAAUGUAAUCUUCCUUUGUUUCGGUCCCUUCCUCUUAUUUUUUUUUCUUUAUAUUAUCAUCCAACAUCCCCAUGAUUGAGAAUGUCUGAUUCUUCCGAUGCGCCGCUUCCCCAGACUUCGUCCAUUCGUCGGUCUGCUACUCUCCCUACCAAACUGAAUCCGCGUACGCGUCGUCACUCAGAAUCCGUGAAACCGUCCGAGAACGAUCUCUUCUAUCAUCCCUCCGCCAAAGUCGUCCACUUCGCCCCUAGAGCCCUUGCGCCUAUCCCGUCGAGUACCGCACCCGCCGAUUUUGAUUACCCGGUCGAUACCGUUGAGACGCUUCCCUGGAGAUCACCCACCGAGCGCACGGUCGCGCUCGCGCCUCUCCGAUUAGAAAAUGUACACGGUUUAACCGUCUUCCUGAAAUGCGGCAAUGUCGUCCACGCCAUUCUCAAGAACUCUCAAUGCUGGUGCGUCGAUGGCGAGUCGACAUUUGUCUUGCGCAUUCGGCCCCUGACCUACUAUCGCAUUGAACUGCCCAACGAGGUGGAGGAUGACAAGAGACUAGUCGUGGAAAUGAAAAAUGUGUUGCCGAAAAUUCUCCGCUAUGAAGUAACGCCCUGCCCUUUCAAGAGGGGCUUCACCGUCGAAAUCCCCGAAGAGGCCAAGGCGCCUCGACGAAAAAGGGCCUGGCGUCCUAAAGGGCGUCGAGAAAGCGCCCCCGUGUCUUCGAUCUUCAAGCAAGAUAUGUUGAAGCCGAAGGAUGACCUCGCAGCCGACUUUCCUAGCGCGGGAGAAGACACGGACGGAGAUGCGACGGAUGACAGUGGUUUCACGACCAGGGGCAGCAAUAGCACAAUUCUCGAGACAAUCGCUGACGACAAUGAGUUGCCUGACCCGGUUCCGAUCUCGGAGCCAGUGCAGCACUCAAGCCAAUCUGCGGUAGAAACAAAGCAGAGUUUCCAGACUUUGCUGGCAAGGUUUGAAGAUAGCUCUGAAGACCAGGUUGAUCCUGAAUUCUCCUUCUCAUCCAGUGUGGAAUCUUUCCAUUCACUUGGCCCCUCUUUUACAGCCAUUCCGGACUUAGACACCUGCUCUACACCCGCGUCAAGCGAGAAUGAUGACCAGUACGAAAUUGAAAGUGGCGAUGCCCACUCGUCUUCUGGAGACUCACAUCUACCCGAGUCUAAGCGGUCUCACAAUCGAGUCUCCGUGUAUGUCGACUGUUGGGAUCAUAUGUCGCCGACGGAGGAAUUAGCUAGAGACUUUUCUGAGCAUGAGGCUAAACCGAUACCCAUUACAUCUAACCGUCCUACGUCCGCCCCAGAACCUAGUGGGGCAGCUUCAAGCAAUGAAUCUAAUUCUAAUCUAUCCAGCAUGAGCGCUGAGUUCCGUCGUCGCUCCAGAGCUUCCCGCCAGCGAGAAGUCUCUCCCAUGCCACCACCCUCCACCUUAACGCUUGCCAAACCUGAGAAGCACGACGCGGCUUCUUUGAUUCACAAGACGGCCUCGCUCGUUCUGGUCCCGCCCAUCCAGCUUAUGGUUGUGCUCAUUCAUAUUGCCGCCCGCAUUGUGAUCGGACCCGCUAUGAACUCGACCAUGGGCGAGCUCAAGCGCAACAUCGAGGACCAGCUAGCUGAAUCUCAAGAUACGGUGGAUGAUUUCGACCUGCCCCUUCCUGAUUGUUUCCGAAGGACCGAGGAGUCUUCCGAGCAUACCCCAUGAUAUGGAAGCAGUUGAUUUAGCUUUGCUGGUUCCGCAUAUCAUCCUUUCUUCCGUUCACCAUAUCAUUCUUUGGCAUAUUUCUUAUCCUCACAUUCGUCACUCAUGAUAUUUCUGUUUUAUUCCCACAAACGCCUUCUUUCUGUGAUGAUUCAAUUACACGAUUUCCGUUGUCAAGCCCCAUGGUUUGGGACAUGUCUGGUUUGUGGAUGGACCAAUUCGCAUUGGAAAUGUACCCUAAUGUCUUCAUUGUAUUCUAGCGUGUGCCAUCAAUCAUACUUAAUUGUGAGACAG